GAGAGAGAGAGAGAGAGAGAGAGCGAGCGAGCAAGUAUUUACGCUGCCUUGACGCUAACACACCAAACCUUUGUCCCUGUCACGUUCUGUACAGUGGAGGACCAAACAAAACGUACUCAACUAAACUCCUCUCAAAGUUUGAUUUAUAGCUUGUUGGACGCGUUUUCUCCGGCUCGAGAACAUCCUUCAGUCGUGAAGUUGGAGAAAACAAGGUGAUUAACAUCCUCUGCUGUGCUCCCUCUUGUGUGACCCCCUCCUGCUUCCUCCCCACCCUUUGACUCCGCCUCUUCCAUGAUGUCCUCUCAGGCCACGCCCAUCCAUGGGUCACGACCAGUGACCCCUCCGCUGGCCUCUGCAGGAUCACCACAUUCUCCAGUGUCACCAAAGUCCCUGCAGCCUCCAGCCUGCAGACACAGAGACCGCUCGCCUUCCCCCAUGAGAGGCUACCUGAUCCCCAGCCCUCUGCCCACACGCAGAAACAGGACCUGCUCAGCGACGGCUCGUGCAUCAGAGGGUCCGGUGUUUACUGGUGUGUGUAAAUGUUUUUCCCGCUCCAAAGGCCAUGGCUUCAUCACGCCAUCCGACGGGGGCAAGGAUAUCUUUGUCCACAUCUCAGACAUCGAGGGCGAGUAUGUGCCGGUGGAAGGCGACGAGGUGAGCUACAAAGUCUGCUCCAUCCCUCCCAAGUACGAGAAGGUCCAGGCGGUGGAGGUGACCAUAACCCAUCUCAACCCGGGAACCAAACACGAGACCUGGACAGGACACGUCGUCAGCAGCUGAACGCUGACGCUCGCAGGGGGCGGGCGGGGUCGACGAGGCAAAGGCGGGUGGGAUGGAAGGGUACUGCAUUAUCGGAUGGGGAGAAUUCCUGGGAAGUGAGUCAUUAUAUUUUGGGAAAACAUACAGUUGGUUUGGCUGGAAAAUGAAUAGAUGAUCACAGUGGAAGAUAUUUUUUUUUUAGGUUUCUUGCUUAGGUUUUUAGACCCGCUGUGUUGAAAUUUGAUGGUGCAUUGUUUGAAAUUUAUAUUUUAUUCGAUGAGGACAUUAAUUUCAGCUGCAAUUAUUACUAAUGUGGAGAGUGUUUAAGAACAGUUGCAGGACGGCAGCGCUGCCAAUCCUGUACGAGCGCUCAGUGUUACAUCGUCCAGCACCGCGGUUUAUUUUCCAGGUAUACUGUGUGUGCCUGCUUCUACCCAGAGAACUGACAGCUCUUUGUGCCUACUUAUACCAAUCUAUUACUUGUAUUUGAUCAUGUGUGGGUGGCUAUAUGAGUGAAUUAAAGCAUUUUCAACCGGUA